AUGAUGGACGAGGGUGAUGACGUGCUGCAGCACAUCAACAAGAUCAUGACGUUGGCAGAGCAACUUGACGCAGUGGGCGCUCCAGUUAGUGAAGUCGAUCCAGUAAUUACGCUUCUCACCAGCUUAAGCGAGCCGUACGCGUUCCUGAUUCCGGCGUUGGAGACAAGAUCUGACUCGUUGACGUGGGAGAUCGUGACGUCUUGGCUAAUGCAUGAAGACAAGAAACGCAAGGAACAAUGUGGCGGCGUCGAUGGAGCCGCGCACAUACAAGGGCAAGCGUUUAUAACAACGGACAAUGGACGGCGCAAGGGACGCCAAGCGACUGCUAAGGCUAGCAGUACGUGUCAUUGUUGUGGGGAGCACGGGCAUUGGAUCGCCAAGUGCAUCGUGAGAAUCCGUGAGAACGGAGAUCGGCAACGACCAGCACAGUGCACAAAUAUCACGCAGAGCAAAGACGACUCUGGUGAUUUUCUCUGCUCGGUUGGUGAAAACGCAAGAGACGCCAAGUCGAGUCACGUAUGGCUGGUUGACUCGGGUGCGACACAGCACAUGACAUUUUCAAAAGCGUUUAUGAAGAAUUACAAGGGUAUUUCUCCAGUGGACGUUCAUCUCGCAGACAAAGGUUUUGUUCAAGCAAUCGGAACUAGAGACAUUGCAGUGGCCCAUGGAAUCAAGAAGGGUAUGCUUCGCGGAGCAUGGUAUAUUCCACAGGUAUUGCGCAUUUUUUUCUCCGUUGGACGUUUUACGAAGGAUGUUGGCCCAGUCACGUUCGAAAGCGAUAGCUGUUUUGCCAAUGUAAAAGAAAUGUAG